CGUUCAAAAACGCGAACCGUGAGCAUCGUUCGCUCUCGUUGCUGCAGCAACCACCAAGGCGCUGAUUGGUUGAAUUCAGCCCAAACGAAAUUGCGCGCGCGCGUGACUAAAUCUGUGAACGCGACCCACCAGUUUGGACUGCUAACGGAAGAGUGUAUUCAAGCAACGUCUGAGACAUUGUUUCCAAUUUCAUUGAGGUGGAAAUUGUUCAAAAACCAGAAGUUACAUUCAUCAAUUGGGGGGCCGCAGUGUUUGCUUUCGUUGCUAUGAGUAGUCUCGUAGAGCAUCGAUCUACGCAAACCGGUUCUCGAUCUUGCAUGUCUAUCAAACAAGAAAAGUGACGCCUGAAUUCUGUUAUCGAUCGUGAGACAUCGUUUGCAUUCGACAAUAAAUCAAACGAUGCCGGUGACGACGCCACGUCUUUGCACUCCCGCGCACGACUGUUACAACCGCCGCACAGUGGAUCCGUAAUCGGAAAAAGGUGUUACCUGGUAAUUUAUCACGAGCUGUUGCCAAUUACUGAUAUUGUUGAAACUUAAAACUCACUUCGUUCGAAUUUCGAUCCACUGUGUGCCGUGGUUGUGCAGUAUGCGUGUGUAGUUCCGGUUUAGACAAAUUAGGGUGAAUCAAAUUCAAAGCAAUUCAAGUGUAGUGCUCAGCAGUGGUAGACCAGCACGAGUGUUAAGUUGCGAGACUAAUUGAAAAAGCGAUUGAAUACACCUGCUCGGCAUGUGGACCGUUGAGAUGCUGGCAAUCGAGACCAUUGUCAUCGUCGGUGUUGCGCUGUACUCCUGGCUGUUUGUUUGCGCCCAAGCGUUCGACAAUUUCCAUUAUCUGAACAAGCAACGGUAUGAAAACGACAGUUGCACAUCAUUGGAUGGCACGUCUGGCGUUUGCUCUCUCCCCAACGAAUGUGCAUGGCUCGUGCAGAACGUGAUCCGCACAAAACGGGUUUCGUACGACGACGUCCCGAAAUGUGGCUUCACUCGAGAUGACGUUCUGGUUUGCUGCCCCAAGGGGGAAUCGAAUAGGUUCGGCGAUCAGGCACUUGGGAAAGCUGGUAAGGCGUGUCAGAACUUACCGCGAGGCACGUCAUAUAUCGCUCAGCACAUCAUCGAAGGCGUGGAGGCCGAAGACGGAGAAGUUCCAUUUAUUGCUGCACUGGGAUACAGCACUUCGGAAACUGGUCGAAAGUAUGCCUGGGGCUGCGGAUCAAGCUGGAUCGCAAAAAAGUUCCUACUGACGGCAGCUCACUGCGUGAGGGUUGUCCAACGACCGAUCAUAGCUCGCAUGGGUACAUUGAACUUAGAGGCUAACGAUGAUCAGCAUUUCCAGGAUUCCGAAUUGGAGAAGUUUUAUUCUCAUCCAAAUUAUACGUCCAAAAGCAAAUACCACGAUAUUGCGUUGAUUGAGCUUGUAACACCGUUUACGUACGAUCAGAACGUCAACAGAAUAUGUCUUCACAUGGACUCACAGGAUAUGGCAUCGACGCUAGUGCUGAGGGCUUCCGGUUGGGGUUUAACUGAUACUGAUAAAUCUCGAUCGGACGUUCUGCUUCGAGUGGAUCUGAAUACGGAGCCAUUGGACCGGUGUGCGUCCGAAUAUCGGUCUUUGGUCGGAGAUGCGCGUGGAAGCUUAUCGUCCGGUGUGAUACAACAGCAGUACUGUGCUAUUGGCAAGAUGCAGCCAUCCGGCAAACGUGGAGACUCAUGCGUCGGUGACUCGGGAGGUCCUUUAUACUAUACAGACAAUAAAGCUGAUCGGUUUUUCCUGGUGGGAAUCACCUCAUUCGGAUUGGGUUGUGGUGCGUCUGCCAGCAUUUAUACACGAGUAGCAUCUUACCUGGACUGGAUAGAGCCUAUCGUGUGGCCAGAUGCGGCCUCCUUGCAAGAUUAGAUUAAUAAAGCAGAUGGAAAACC